UCAGGCAUCAUUCGCGAACUGAAUGCCGUACAAACUGCUUCCACAAUACGGCCCGGCGGCACUUGUUGCGUUGUUUGUGGACUGGCGUGAAAACCUAAAGAAGGAGAUAAGAGCUAAUGUGAUUGCUGCUAGGAUGGCAAAGUACCGGAUUCACCACAAGUAUCACCGUAUUCCAAUCGAAUGCUGUCCCAGAUGCAAGUCAACGGCCGUUAAGUUGGAAAUCCGUACUAGUCGCUCGGGAUGGAAGAAACUAAAGAAGAAUUUGGUCGAACUAUGCUUCUGUCGGCCAUAUAUUCCAGCGGGCAUGUAUAAGCAGGGUCAUACAUGCCGAUCCUGCGGCUGGAUGGACGUAAUUAAGAUAUGUUAAAGGAAUAGAAUAUUAUAUCUAUAUAUAUACAUGCAUAUAUGAGUAUACUCACGAACAUUCAGAUAACCAAUAUGAUCAAAUAUUAAAUACGAUCAAAUAUUA